AUGUGCCUGAAACUACGACAACCGAACCUGCUGCGAAUGAAGGCACCAGCCCUUCAAUCACAGUUCCCAUCCAGUCCUCCGGGACCGUGGGCAAUGUCGCAGAGGCCAGUCGCAGAGGCCAAUCUCACUCGUAGCAUCAGUACUCCUGUGGAGAUUGAAAAUGAUGUGACGGCGUCUACUUCUGACCAUGUCAACGCCUCUCCUUCCAACCACAUUGAUGCCUCUCCCUCUGCACUGGUCGAUUCAGCUCACACUUCUUCUGACAAUUUUGGUGCCUCUCCUCCUGCAACUGGCUUUGGACCCCUCGUCGAGCCUACCCCUUCCUUUAAGCCAGCUCACACUUCCGAUGAUUUUGGUGGCUCUUCUCCUGCAAUCGGCGUUGGACCCCUCAUCAAGCCUACCCCUUCUGCAUCAUCAAUUGCCUCUGAGUCUGAAACUCCUGCCAUUUACAAGGUCUCGACUUCAACACAACCUUCAACUGCAACCUCAACAGUUUCGCAAAUGGACGUCGACAGUGACAUUAGAGAUACCACUGACACUGGGACACCUCUGCCAGCCUGGCUGCAUAAUAAACUGCCAACCACUUCGCGUCCUGAUGAAGUAGCGGCGUGGAUCAGGAGUAAGAAGAAGGACUCGCUGCCCGAAAUUGACACUCUGUCAUGGUGGGUUGGGGCAUUACCUGCUGAACCUCUCUCUUUGUGUCCAUGGUUGGCGGUGCAUGAUGUCCGGUGGGUCAUUGAUCAGGUCUACAAGAAGGCUUUGUCUAGCUCUCAGGGGACAAAGCGAGGUCGUGACAAUGGCACCGUUGAUGCUACACAGUCAGCUAAGGCCAAGAGGCAUUGUUCGGGUUAA